GCCCAUAAAAGAGCACCAGUCGCGCACACGCUCCCGCAAUGUCGGAGCACCAUCGCGUAGCCGGCGGCUGGGCAACCGCUAGUCCCGGUAAUCGCGAAGACGGUACUGCCGCGUGGUGGCCGGCCGGCCUCAAUGAGCAGGCCGCCGCCGCGGCACAACAGCAGGCCCAGCAGCAAGCGGCCGCGGUCGCUGCCGCGCAGCAACAGGCCCAGCAGCAGGCCCAGCAGCAACAGCAACAGAAUCUGCAUCAGCACCUCUUAAAUCAACAGCAGCAGCUUAGCCAGCAUCAUCAAGAUAUCGUAAGGAGCACGGCCGCGGCAGCCGCGACGCAGCAGCUCUUUUCCUACAAAAUGGCCUCGAGCUUCCAGAACCCGGCGACGACGGGCGCCCAGAGCAGUCCUGUUUCUAGUAGCAGCCCUGUCGCUUGCAUGAAGGGUUACGAUUAUAGGACCGGGGUGCCGGUGAGCGCGCCCUCGGCACCUCCAGGCGUGCAGUGGUGGUACCCAAGUCAGGUUAUGGACCAGCAGAACAACCUGCAUCAGCAACAGCUGCAGCAGGGUCAACAUCUAGCUUCUAUUACCACGCAGACCUCGACGCCGCCCAUCAUAUCGCCGCAUCAAAUACAGCAGUUACAUCAUCAAAAUAAUCUUCAACAAAAUAACGUGGGUUUACAACAGGACAAGAGAGGAGCAAAGUCGACUAAACCAAGAGGUCGGAUGACAGCGUAUGCCUUCUUCGUUCAGACGUGUCGUCAGGAACACAAGAAGAAGCACCCUGAUGAAAACAUCGUCUUCCAAGAAUUUUCCAAAAAGUGUGCUCUCAGGUGGAAGACUAUGAGCGACAAGGAAAAGAAACGUUUCCACGAAAUGGCCGAAAAGGACAAGAAAAGAUACGAUACCGAGAUGCAGAGCUACAUACCGCCCAAGGGCGAGAAGGUGACAGGCCGGGGCAAAAAGCGCAAGCACAUGAAGGAUCCCAACGCACCCAAGAGAUCCCUCGCGGCAUUCUUCUGGUUCUUCAACGAUGAGCGUGGUAAGGUUAAGAUGCUGAACCCUGAAUACGGCGUAGGUGACAUUGCUAAGGAACUCGGAAAAAGAUGGUCCGAUGCUGGUCCUGAACUCAAAGGCAAAUAUGAGGCUAUGGCUGAAAAGGACAAAGCUCGAUACGAAAGAGAAAUGACUGCGUAUAAAAAGAAGAUGAAGGAUGGACCCGGAGUUGGCGCACCCGCAGCGGCCAAAAGCGAGGAGGAAUGGGAGGAAGAAGACGAAUAGCAAGGAGAGUAACAAAUAGCGGACGCACGUCAAAAAUCUCAUCUAUCACCCCGUGUCCUUGAUCCCGAUGCAUACCUCACCUACUGUACAUACCAUUGACCUUAGCGUGAGCGUACUUACACCACUAGGAGAACAAAUAACUAACCACCAGUCCCCCGACUGUUCACAAUAAUAAUUAAAAAAAAAACCGCGAUUAUAAUAAUUAUUUUAAAAGAAAAUUGUAUGUGUGAGUGAUAUGCGAGAGGAGAUUGUGUGAGUGACAUUUGUAUUUUAACAUAUUGAUAGUAACAUGUAAAGUGGCAUAGGAUAGAGAAAGGAAAA